ACAUUAAGAAGAUCCUCAUAGAAUAGCAAAAGCUUCAAAAGCAUAAUAGUAAUUUAAAAAGGAGUGCCCUUUGCAAAACUUAGCUGUAGAAUAUCAGCAAGUAGAGACUUCUGCACUUGGGUGUACGAGUUCACUCUCCACUGUAAAUACAUCCUAUCAAAAAAGCAUCAGUCAUGGUCUCCUGCAUCAUAAAGUCCAGACAUCCUGAUGCUCUCAACAGUCUCACCCCCAAAAAGUCUCAAGCUGCAGGUUGAUUGCUGUGGGUUUGUAGUUGAAAACUUGCCAUCGGUAGCUCCAGAUAUCCAUUCAGUUUGGGCAAGGCCCUCAAUCUCGAUCUGUAACUGAACCAAACUCUCCCUUGUCUCCGCCUGGCAGCUUGUCUCCUCCUCCCCAGGGAAGUGUGAGUGUAGAGCCCAGCUGGUGUCAUGGGGUGGGGAAGGGGGUGUGUGUGUUGUCCUGCCAGCUCCAAAAAGGGGUUGUCCUGGGGCAGGACCCAAACCCUUAAAUAAGGACUAGGGGGCAGAAUGGGAUGGGAGCAUGUGAAGCCCCAGGUAGAGGCCCCUGCUCUGCAGUAAGGCCAGGCUGCCUGGAGGCCAGAUGAGGAAGACAACCUGGAGCCAGUCACAGCUCUGAAAAGCUGACUGACCUUUUCUGACAAACUGCAACAGCGUUACAUUUUCUAGGACCAAUACUGUGAAAGAUUUUAACAGUGCUGGGUUGUAAGCAGUUUCCAAAACUACUUUGGCUCAGAAAUCUAUUCUAGAUGGACAUUAUAUAUGUACAUACUCAUAAAACCAAUGCAGUGUCCAAAAUCUUCCCAGCUCCCUUGAAAGAAAUUCUGACUCACUCCUCAUUGAGGCUCACUUCUUAAUAUUGAACUGGUGCUAAUCUCCUGAAAUGAAUUUCACACUGAGAGUAGUCUUCCAGCUGCCUGGACCAUUAAAUCCUGUUAGGGUUUAUCGGCAUUAAGUCUGCUAAAAUAUAUUCUAUUCUUGUAUUCUCUAACCACAUGUUCUUUUCCUGACUGCUGAAGUUAAUUCAUUUCAGUUUGUCUCAUACAUGGGUCAAGAAUCCAGCAGCCUAACCCUCCGGACAUCGUGUGGCUUUAAAUUGCACCUCUCACUGAGCAAGAUUAUUAACAAAUACUCUAAAUCCAGAAUGCACAAUAGCUGUUUUCAUCAGCAGUAUUGUACAGACCCAGCAAAGUCUACAAUAUAAUUCACCUUGAAGAGGAAGAGCUGGAAGGUGUUUGGUUUAACGAGCAAGGAUGGGAGUCAGGAGCUGGGAAGAUGCCCAGCUCUACCUCAGAAGUGCCACAGUCAGGUCACUGGAAGCACCAGAGAAUCUGAAACCUUUCCAUGUGUUUGGGUACCUAGCACAGAUUAGGGAGGAUCAACAUAGGCACUUGGACUUGAAAAAAAUGGCCUGACCUGCAGCCCUCUGAGCAGGAAAAUGGGAUGUAAAUACUCAUUUACCUUGUAUUUCAGAUCUUUAAUCCAGAGAUACACAGUCUCGAGAAAUUCAAAUACAGUGCAGCAAACAAAGGCUUCUUGUGGUGGGAGUAACACCACAGAAGGAUUUAGGUUGUGAGCAAAAGUGUGCUGCCAAAUCACCAGCAAUCAGGUCUGCAAGACUGGAAGGUCAGGGUGAGUCUCAAGUAGUUUUCACUGAGUAGAAGUGUCCUUCCCAGCACUGGCAGGGAGCAGAGCUGGUCGGGUGUUUUCUGGCAACCAGUUUGGGGGCUGGCUGUGAUUUUAACACCCAGCUCUACAGAAAUCAACACAGGUAAGGACAGUGACUGGUCCUUUAUUUUUUUAAAUGUUCUGAGCAGGACCUUUGCUAUCCAAUGUGUUUAUUGAGAAGCUGGGGAUGCUAGCACUGUAAAAUAGAUAUUGUUGCGGUUAAUAUUUGAAGUACGACUGCAAUAACAAGGCACAUCAAGCAAAAGGACUUCACGAAUGUUCAUAAAACUGGUAGGUUUUCCUUACUGAAAGCAAAACCCAGUAUUGAUUGCUUCUACUUCUAUACGCUUUUGUGUUUAACUGCUGGAAACAAAGUUUUCAUUACUGUAGCAAUAACCUGAGGUUUACCUUUGACAACUGAAAAAAAUGCCGAUUAAAUUUCGUCUUCAGUCCUUUAAGAGCGUGCUCCUGCAGCAGCGGCGUCUCCCGGCGGGGCAGCGGCACCCCCUGCUGCCGAGCCUGAGAGCCUGGGGCUGGCCGGGGUAAAACGGGAGCUACGGGCCGCUCCGCUGCCGGCAGCUGGGCUCGUUCUCUGACCUGCAGCAGCUUUGGAAGGCAGCCCCGUACAGCAGUGGGGCUUGACCGCUGUCAGUCCCUAAAACCUGGUGUAAAUCCCCACGUCCUCCAGUCAUCAAUCAUUUGUCUUAAAAACGCCGUAUAGAGCACGACCCAGAUAAGCCGCAGCCCUUCGGUACAGCGUGGCUGAAUGCUGGUAACGCCGAGGUGCCCGCACCCCCUCAGUUCCGAACACCCGGCUCAGCGGAGGGGCUGUUAAAAUGACCUCGGGAAGCAGUUGCGAGCUGCAGGCACGGAUGCCUGCCGCAGUCUGGUGGCAGUUCCGGAGAAGGGCAGGGUUUAACCCGCCAAGGGAGCCGCUCCCCGCGCCUCUGCAGGGGAGGCGGGAGUCCCACCGCCAGGCCCGGCGGUUCGUCGGUCUCUGCACCGCCGCGGGAAAGGGAAGGCAGCCCUUGCCCAGGGCGGCUCCCGGCCCGGCCCGCCUCAGGCACGGGAAGGCCGGCGCGGGCCCUCUCAGCUCCGGCUGCCGGCGGAGCGAGGCGCCGGGACACGGGGACAGCGACAUUAACGGUCGCCUCGCGAGGGAAGGGGGGGGUAACGCCCCUCCGCGCACGCGCCACUGGGCGGGGCCACGCGCCGGCAGCCGGAGCCGCCGUGGGGGCGGGGUGCCUUUCCUGAGGACCCAUUGGUGGGUGAGUGGGCGCGGGGCAGGGCCGGGCCUGCGUGGGCGGGACCCGGGCCGGAAGCGCUGCGCUGAGCGGUUUUCCCCAGCGGCAGCAGCGCCGGCGGAGGGCUUUCCGCUAUGGAAGGCCCGGGCCCGGGCUCGGGUUCGGGCUCGGGGUUUGUGGGGCGGCUGCUAACGGAGGACGAGAUGGCCGAGGUGAAGAAGGAUGCUUUAGAAAGGAUGCGUCCUUACCUGUGUGAUAAAAUCAUAGCUGAGAGACACUUUGAUUACCUGCGUUCAAAGAAAAUACUCACUAGAGAGGACACAGAAGAAAUAUCUUCUCGAUCUUCCAGUAGGAAAAAAACUGGGAAGUUACUGGACUACUUAGCAGAAAACCCAAAGGGACUAGAUGCUUUGAUUGAAUCUAUCAGACGAGAAAGAACACAAAACUUCCUGUUACAAAAGAUAACUGACGUAGUGUUGAAAGUCAAAAAUGAAAAACUUGAAGCUCUCAAAGGUCUAAGCUGCAGCACCUGUAUGACCUCACUGUAUGGAGGAACAAAUAAUCUUUCUAGAUCAUAUUCUGAUGAAUCUAAUUUUUUUGAUAAAACAAAAGACAAAGAAUCUACCCAGAUACAUCAUCCAGAAGAAGAUUAUAGCACCGCCGCAUUUGUGUCUGCUGUCUCUCUUCACUCAAUGAAUUUACCGAUUGCCGAGAUGGGAAAUGCAGAGUGUGUGGUUUUCUCAGCCACCCUACCAGGGCCUGGCGACCCCGGUGCGCCCCCCCUCCCUGCAGAGCUCCAGUCAGAGCAGCAAGAACCAUGUACUAGUUCAACAAGUGACAAUUGCUUUUUGCCUUUGAGGUCGCGUUCUCUUCAACCACAGUGAAUGCAGUGACUUUUGGCUGUUCAUCCAAAUGGUACUGAAACUUUGUGUGAUGUCUUAUAAAGGUUAAAAAAUGUUUUCAAACUGCUAACUAGCAAAGUCAGAGGAAACAAUCUAUGCUAUUCACAGUUUUUAGGGAGUAAUUUUUUUGUGAUUGGGUGACUCCAGAGCUGCUUGGGUUUAUGUUCUUUAGGGAGCUUUUUUCAGAAGAUCAUGGUGUUACACCAGCGAAGGUUUGGUUUUCAACCAUUUAUUUAAUAUUUCACACUUAGUUGCAGAUAUUUAAGUUACAGAACAAAUAGGUUUUUUUCUUCCUACAGAUACUAACAAAUCUGUUUUUCUUAAAGUUUCUGGGAUGGGCGAAUUGGGAAAGAUGAUUAGGAAAAGUAUUGACUACUGAAAAAUAACUUUCUGAACUAAAAGUUUAAGCUGACUUACCAAAAAUCUUAAACUCAUUUAUCAAAUUAAAUGUUUUUCUGUAGGAUAAAUUCUGCCCUCUGUGUAUGUGUGUGCAGCUCCAUUUGUGGGGUGGGGGAAACCUGGCCAGAUCUGUAGCUAUGCUUAUUUGCAAGAAGUCUCUUAGUUGUCUGAACUUCGUUCUCUGUCCUACCAGUAAAUCAAAAGGCACUCGAUAUCGCAGUGAUUCGCAUUAGCAAAUAUAAUUCCACAAGUCUUAGCAUAUUAUUCCUGUAUAUUUGCUAGAGAGUUCUGAUUUGAGAUGCACUUUAAAUAUAUAUUCUCACUAGUAUUGUAAAAGGAAUGUAAACUGCUGUAACGGCAUCAUGGGCUUUAAGAAAAUGUAUUAAGUAGUUUGUGUGUUUUGUCCCAGUAGGUAAGUAGAGGAGGAGUCCUGUGGCAAGAAAGUAACGGUAACUGCAGGACUCCUGGAAAUGUUGCACUUCAGAUACCUACUCUUCAAAGCAGAUAGACAGGUUUACAUUUCAAGUUGUUUAGAGUCAAAUACUUUUAAAAGUAUUUCAACAUGGGAAGGUUCUCAUUUCUUGACACAAUGUAACAUGCUGUGUUCCUCUCUACUCUGGAGUUGUAAUUACUUUUUAAGAAGUUGGCUUAUAAUCACUUAAAAUUACUAGGCAAAGACAAACUCUUACUUGGAAAUGCAUACAGUUGUGUUCUGCAGUACUACACUUUAAAGUGAUGGGAUGUUUUCAGUAUAUCAAAGGGUAGGUUUGUAUUUAAGGCUUUAAAUUAUUUUAGCUCUCAUACAAUGCUAUGGCUGUGUAAUUCCAUUCAAAUUCAAACGUAGGUGAUUGAUAGUCAAAACUAUCAAAACUGUGUUCUCCUUCUGUGGAGACAGGCCAUCUGCAGGACUUCAAUAUGGUCUCUAAUUAUUUUUUUUUUCCAUGUUUACUCUGGUUUGGGAAGUAGGUUAAAAUAAACUGCAAUGCUCAACGACACUCCAUACUUACUGUAUGAAUAGCUUACGUUCGAUGAAGAUGUGGACUUCUGUUUAGUAUUUGUAAAAAAUCCUUGGCUUUCUCAUAUACAUCUAAGGUUGUAGACUGCCAGGACAGUGAAAAAGCUUUUCAACAAAACCACUUGGUUCAGAAGGCACUCUGGAAAUUUAGUGCCUAAAUAUAGAAGCAAAAUUUUUCUCUCUGACAUGAAAUUAAGAGUAGGCCUCAAUCCCUCUCUUACAUUAACUUGAACUGUAGUUGCACAUACUCGAGAUGUCUCAAAAUUGAUUGUCUGAAUGCCCACUGUAACCGCCUAAAGAGCUGUGCUUAGGUCUGGGUCCUUUCAUGGAUCCUGGUAAAUGGAGGAGAGUGAGCAAGCUUGGCCUUAACUGAAAAAGAGCACCAGCUCAGGGCGAAGACAGCCUUGCAGGUCCAAGCCCGAACACACGAGGUGUGCUGCCUGCCCCUCAGCGUGCCGCAGAGCCUGCGGGGAGCCUGCCUGUGCAGGGAUCGCUCUGCGGUGGAGCCUAUUAACCUGAGACUUUACUGAAUGUAUUCUCUUACCAAAUGUUUAUAACAUGCAUUUUUAAAAACAUUUUGAAAUAUUUUUAUCACAACUUUUGAAAUAAAUUCUUUUGUAUAAUUGC